AUGGGCUCGUUGUUACGUCCCGACAAUCUACUGGAGGUGCGUGAAAAGAUCCGCACCACGGGCGUGUCCGAGGAAGCCGCCGGCCUGCCGGCUAUAGAGAAAGAUGCCGUUAAGGACGUCGUCCAGAUGCAGCGGGAGCUCGGGUUCAAGGCCGUGACGUCGGGCGAGUACAACCGCACGCGCUUCUGGGGACAGAUGUGGGAUGAGUUUGAGGGAACCAUCCGGCUGGAAGACGCCGAGGCGUCCAUGUUCCGCCUCUACCAUCCAGACGUCGUGAGUCUGAUCGAAAAGGACCGCAAGGUGAUGCCGGGUGACUCGGUCAUUGCCGGGUCGAAGCUGUCCUGGAACCCGGCCACGUCGCGGUCGAACCUGCACGAGCUGCGGCUGGUGCAGGCGGCGCUGCCGGAGAGCGAAUGGCGGCACAUCAAGCUGACGAUGAUCACGCCGGCGUGGUUCCACAUGCGCUACAAGCAGGGCAAGGCGUACACCCCCGCGGCCUACGCCAACGACGCCGAGUACUUCCGCGACGUCGCCAAGGUGUACCAGGCCGAGCUGGGCGCGCUGUAUGCGGCCGGCCUGCGCAACGUGCAGUUCGACGACCCGGGCAUGGCAUAUUUCUGCUCCAAGGCGUUCCGCCAGGGCUGGGCCGAGGACGCGGACAACGUCGGCAGCGUCGAGGACCUGCUCGACGCCUACAUCCAGCUGUACAACGACUGUCUCAGCCAGCUCCCCGACGACAUGCACACGGGCAUCCACCUGUGCCGCGGCAACUUCAUCGGCGGCCGCCACUUCGCCGAGGGCUCGUACGAUCUCAUCGCCAAGAAGCUGUUUGAGAACCUCAACGUCAACACCUUCUACCUCGAGUACGACACCGAGCGUGCCGGCGGCUUCGAACCGCUCAAGUUCCUGCCCAAGAACAAGAACGUCGUCGUCGGCGUCGUCAGCACCAAGCUGCGCGAGCUGGAGGACAAGGAGGCCAUGAAGGAGCGCAUCAACAAGGCUGCCGAAUUUGUGAGCGCCGGCAGCGGCGAGAGUCGCGAGGACGCCCUGAAGCGGAUUUGCGUGAGCCCGCAGUGUGGGUUCAGCACGCACGAGAGCGGAUAUCCUCUGAGUUUGGACGAUGAGAAGAAGAAGCUGGCUCUUGUUCGGCAGCUUGCGGAUGAGAUCUGGGGUGAGGCCUGA